AUGCUUUCGAUUAUAUUAGUUGCAAUAAUAUUUGUGCUCAGUGUUAUCUGGUUUUUAUAUCGUCGUAGUUCAAAACAGAAAUUCGAUAUUCCUGGCGUAGAUGCAUCUCAUCCUGAAAUGGGUAAUCUUGAGGAUAUAGGUCGAGCUGGUGGUCUACAUCAAUAUUUAACUAAAUUACAUAAAGACUUUGGUCCAGUUGUUUCAUUUUAUUGGGGUAAACAACGUGUAGUUAGUAUAGCGUCACCAGAAGCUUUUCAUGAUACACGUCGUUUAUUUGAUAGACCAGUAUGUCUUUUUGCUCCAUUUGAACCAUUAAUGGGUGCUAAUAGUAUACAAUAUGCUAAUGGUGAUAUUGGUCGAUAUCGUCGAAAAAAUCAUUAUGAUGCUGCUUUAUCACCUAUGGCUCUUCGAACACAUUUUUUUGAUAUAUUUCAACGUGUUUUAAAUGAAAGAAUGAUUGUAUGGCAAUCAAUGGAAGGAAAACCUAUUGGAUUACAAUCUGAAAUGUUGUCUAUGGCAAUACAAUCUAUAACAUUAGCUGCUUUUGGAUUGUUGUUAUCAGUUGAUGAUGGACACCGCAUUGAAGAAGCUUAUCAUACAUGUUGGCAUGAAAUGGAAAUGCGUAUUCAAGGUCAAGCAAUAAAUCCUAAACGUGAAAGUGAAUUUAAUCGAGCACGAAAUUUUUUAUUUGAAAAAAUCAAAGAAAUUGUUUCUCAACGUCGUCAACGAGCAGGGGAUGAUCAUAAAUGUUUUAUUGAUUAUUUAUUAGAUGAUAGUGAACAUGUGCUUAGUGAAGAACAUAUUUGUGAUGAAGUUAUUACUAUGCUUGUUGGUGGAUUUCAUACAACAGGAAAUCUUCUUACAUGGAUUUUAUAUUAUUUAGGAAAGGACGAAAAUAUUCAACAACGUCUUUUUGAUGAACUUAUAGAAACGUAUAAUACAAAAUUUCCAUCAUUCGACCAAAUUGAUAAAAUGCCCUUUUUAUCAAAUAUUAUUCACGAAGGAUUACGUGCUUCAGUAUUAGCACCAUGGGCAGCUCGAGUUUCAAUGGAUAGUGAUAUAAAUGUUUGUGGAAAAAACAUUCCAGCUGGUACUCCAAUUAUUCAAGCACUUGGUGUCCUUUUACAAGAUGAUAAAAUCUGGAUAAAUCCGUCUGAAUUCAAUCCAGAUCGAUUUGAUCAAGAAAAUAAGAAACUACCAAAAUUAGCUUUUUCACCGUUUGGAUUUGCUGGUAAACGUAUAUGUCCUGGUUAUCGUUUUGCUGAAUAUGAAGCGGGUUUAUUUAUAGCUGGUAUUAUACGAAUAUAUAAAGUAACAUUAGUUGACCCAACAAGUCCAGUAGUACCUGUGCAUCAAUUAGUAACAUCUCCUAGAGAUGAAAUUUUUGUACACUUCAACAAACGAAAUUCAUAA